AAAGUUAUUGUCUCAAAAAUAUUAACCCUUUAUUUCACUGCUUUCUUUCAGAGAUGUGGUACUGGGUUUUCCUCUGGGCUCUCUUCUCCUCUCUCUUUGUCCAUGGUGCUGUGGGAGUAUUAAUGUUUGUGAUGCUGCAGAGGCAUAGGCAAGGAAGGCUGAUCUCUGUCAUUGUGGUCAGCAUUGGAUUUCUGGGUUCUAUAACUGGAGCAAUGAUAACCAGUGCUGCAGUAGCUGGAAUUUACAGAGUAGCAGGAAAGAAUAUGGCUCCCUUAGAAGCUCUUGUCUUUGGUGUUGGACAGACAGUACUGACAUUAAUUAUCUCCUUUUCAAGAAUUCUUGCAACGCUAUGAGACUUAUGUAGAAGGGAAAAAAAAUCAACUAGUUUAAAAAAAUCUUUCCUCUGAAGAGAAGCUUCCUGCAAGUGGAUUCAUCAGCUUAUGAACUUGAAUUCUAGCGCAAGAGAAAGGAAGCUAUGUGGAACGUGCACUACAAAUCUAGAGGCUCAGUCAAAUGGAGAGACUGUCCUCUAGUGUCGGAACCCUUGUACUUCUGCACUGCGCCUUAAUGUGCCUC